AUGGAGAUAUUAGCAUUCAAAACAUUGAAAUGCAAAGGUCAGGCUUGGGUUGUUUUUGAGGAUGUUUUGUCUGCUACUAAUGCUUUGAUACAUAUGCAGGGGGAAUUGUUUUUUAACAAGCCCAUGAUGAUUGAUGGGUCAACAGUUGAAGAUAAAGAAACGGCCCUGGUGUGGUUUUAUGAAGAUGCAGGUCCUGAAUUUGGAUCUUGUCAAGCUAAAGAACUUAUCUAUCAUCUUGAGAAUGUGCUCGCCAAUGAGCCCGUUAUAGUGAAAAGAGGGCAUAGUGUCGGGGUCAAAUUACAAAGACGUGGCAAAAUGGGUGGGUUGGUUGGAGUUGAUGUUGAUGAUGAUAAAAUUGAGUUGCUCUUGUCUGAGGUCAAGGGUAAAGAUAUUACUGAGUUGAUUGCAUUCGGAAGGGAAAAGUUGGCUUUUGUUCCUUCAGGCGGUGGUGAUGUUGCCAUUGCCACAGCAGCCGAUGGUGGUGUUGCACCUGUAGCAGCAGCUGCUGAGUCAAAGAAAGAAGAGAAAGUUGAGGAGAAAUAG